AUGGAGCAUGGUGUCGUCGCCGCUGGGAAGCCCAAGGUGGACUUUGUGCUCGGCGCCACAGCUACCGGGAAGUCGAAGCUCGCCAUCGCCCUCGCCCAGCGCUUCAACGGUGAGGUUAUCAACGCUGACAAAAUCCAGGUCCACGAUGGCGUGCCCAUCCUCACGAACAAGGUCACAGAGGAAGAGCAGGCCGGGGUGCCCCACCACCUGCUCAGCGUGCGCCACCCCGACGCCGAAUUCACCGCGGAGGAGUUCCGACACGAAGCGGCCGGCGCCGUCGCCCGGGUGCUCUCGGCGAGCCGCCUGCCAGUCGUGGCAGGCGGGUCCAACACCGACAUCGAGGCGCUGGUGGAAGGCGACGGCGCCGCCUCCCACGCGGCGCACGACCUCCUCUUCGUCUGGGUGGACGCCGAGCGGGAGCUGCUGGAGUGGUACGCCGCGCUGCGCGUGGACGAGAUGGUGGCCCGCGGGCUGGUCAGCGAGGCUCGCGCGGUGUUCGGCGGCGCCAGGGCUGACUACACCCGCGGCGUGCGCCGCGCCAUCGGUCUGCCUGAGAUGCACGCGUACCUGAUGGCGGAGCGCGAGGGCACCGCCGGGGAGGCCGAGCUCGCGGCCAUGCUGGAAUGCCUCAGCACGCUCGACGGCUGGGACGUCCGCCGCAUCGACAUCACUCCCGUGUUCGCGCGCAAGGCCGAUGGCAAGGAGUGCCACGAGCAGACGUGGAAGAAGAUGGUGUGGGAACCAUGCGAGGAGACGUGCUAUUUUCUGAAUGUGAACUACCUGAUGCUGUGA